AUGGGAAACGCGAAAAGCGGCGUGGUGUCCAGGGAGAUACUGGACGACCUGAAGGUCAGCACAAAGUUCUCCGAGGCGGAGAUCACAGAGUGGUACGAGAACUUCCAGAAACAGUGUCCGUCAGGCCGCAUCACGCUGAGCGAUUUCGAGGAGAUCUACGGGCGCUUCUUCCCCGACAGCGAUGCCAAGACGUACGCGCAGCACGUUUUUCGCUCCUUCGACACCAACGACGACGGGACGCUGGACUUCAAGGAGUACAUCGUGGCUCUGCACAUGACCUCCUCGGGAAAGAUGGCGCUGAAGCUGGAGUGGGCCUUCUCUCUCUUCGACGUGGACAAAAAUGGCUACAUCACCAAGGCUGAAGUGUGUGAGAUCUGCCAGGCCAUAUUCAAGCUCAUCCCCAAAGAGAAGCAGGCUGAGCUGCCCAGUGAUGAAAACACACCAGAGAAGAGAGCAGACAAACUCUGGGGCUACUUUGGGAAAAAAGACACCGAACGGGUUGCUGAAGGAGAGUUCAUUAAAGGAGUUCUGGAGAAUGAAGACGCAAUGCGCCUUAUUCAGUAUGAACCAAAGAAAUAG